AUGGCGAACGCAUCAGACGACCCCGCAAUCCCCACGCGGCCAGGACCAGCGCGAACACAAGCACCAAAACCAGAACCCCAGGCGCAUACACCACAGACACUGCAGACAUCACAAUCACGGGAACUCCUAACCCUCCCCGACGAACUCCUCAUCAACAUCAUGUCCCAGCUGCCCCUCCAGCGCGACCUCGCCUCCAUGUGCUUGGUCUCCCGCCGCAUGAACUCCGUCGCCGACCCCGUGCUCUACAAAUCCAUCCUGUUCGACCAGCCGAAGCACCACCUCCUCUUCUCCGAAUCGCUGGUCACGAGGCCGCGACGAGGUUCUCUCAUCCAGAAUGUGAGGGUCGACUUCCCCAGUGCGGAGAUGGCGGAUAUUUUGUGUUUGACGGACACGCCGCACCCGAUUGAUCGGUUCUCGCAUACGAUUUCGACGAUGAGUAAUUUGGAGGAUUUGGUGAUUUCGGUGCCCGAGAGUUUGAGUCAUGGGAUUGGGAAUUUGUUUAAUGGGCCGUUUGAUUUGGCUUGUUUGAAGACUUGCUCCCUCUACUACCAACGCGAGGACAACGGCUACUGGGACCUCCAAGAAAACAUCCACAUCUUCGGGCACCCCACCCUCGAGCACCUCACCAUCCGGCGCGCCAAGCUCGACGAGCGCGGUUUCGAAUCCCUCGAAAAACCCUGGUACACCGGCCUCAAAACCCUCUCCCUCCUCGACUGCGACAUCCACGACGACGCGCUCGCCGACCUGCUCGUCCUCCCCGAAGCCCUCGAGGAAAUCACCAUCACGCAGCUCUCCGACCCAGAACCCGCCCUGGAGGAAAGCCCCGAGUACAUGGAAGAUUACAUUCUUUCUUGUCGCUCGGCGGGACACUCCCUCCAGAAGAUUACUAUUGAUAGUCCGUCGUUGGCGGGCAAAAAUCCGCUCAAGUUGAGGGAUUUCGAGUGUUUGACGGAAUUGAAGAUGAGGGAUCAUCAGCUCUUUGGGAUGAAGACUCCGAGGCUGCAGAGUGUGGCGUUGCCGCCGAAUUUGGAGAGGGUGGCGUUUAUUGGCGGGGUGGGGAGGGAUGAGGAGGUUUGUGAGUUGUUGUGUUAUACGAUUGAGAAUAAGGAUAUUUUUGCCAGGAAGUGGGUGGAUUUGGUGGUUACUGGGGUGCAGGGGGAGGCUGGCGAUGGGGUGGCUGAGAGGAUUAGGGAGGUUUGUGAGCCGUUUGAGGGGUUUUUGAAGAUUCAGUGA